GAGCACCGGGCCGCGGGGCCCAUGCCCCCCCCCCGACUGAGCUGCCGGGGAGCUCGGGGCGCACAGGCCUCGGCCGAGCAGCCAUGGAGAAGAUGUCCCGGGUGAGCACGGCCCUGGGCGGCGGCGCGCUGACCGGCCGCACCAUGCACUGCCACCUGGACGCUCCGGCCAACGCCAUCAGCGUGUGCAGAGACGCGGCCCAGGUGGUGGUGGCCGGCCGCAGCAUCUUCAAGAUCUACGCCAUCGAGGACGAGCAGUUCGUGGAGAAGCUGAACCUGCGUGUGGGCCGCAAGCCCUCGCUCAACCUGAGCUGCGCGGACGUCGUCUGGCACCAGAUGGAUGAGAACCUGCUGGCCACGGCGGCCACCAACGGCGUGGUGGUCACCUGGAACCUGGGCCGGCCGUCGCGCAACAAGCAGGACCAGCUGUUCACAGAGCACAAGCGCACGGUGAACAAAGUCUGCUUCCACCCCACCGAGGCACACGUGCUGCUCAGCGGUUCCCAGGAUGGCUUCAUGAAGUGCUUCGACCUCCGCAGGAAGGACUCCGUGAGCACCUUCUCGGAGGAGUGCGUACAGCUGAGCGCAGCCAGCUUCCUGUGUGCUCAGUGCCCCGAAGCCCCGCCGCAGCUCUGCAAGGACCAACAUCAGAUGCGUGAUCCAGGGGAAACCGAGGUCCACAUUACGGGUUCACAAACCACGCGAUGCCUGGCAUCCUGCCCCUGGCCUAUCGACCACAUCUCUGUGAGGCCUCUCCCCACCACCCCGCCAGGCAGGCUCAGGGGUGUCCACGCCACCUUGGAGGCCUCCCCGUCUGGACCACGGGCAGGCCAGUCUGAGAGCGUGCGUGAUGUCCAGUUCAGCAUCCGGGACUACUUCACCUUCGCCUCCACCUUUGAGAAUGGCAACGUGCAGCUCUGGGACAUUCGCCGGCCUGACCGCUGUGAGAGGAUGUUCACGGCCCACAACGGGCCUGUCUUCUGCUGCGACUGGCACCCUGAGGACAGGGGCUGGCUGGCCACAGGUGGGCGUGACAAGAUGGUGAAGGUCUGGGACAUGACCACGCACCGUGCCAAGGAGGUGCACUGUGUGCAAACCAUUGCCUCAGUGGCCCGCGUCAAGUGGCGGCCUGAGUGCCGCCACCACCUGGCCACCUGCUCCAUGAUGGUGGACCAUAACAUCUACGUGUGGGACGUGCGCCGGCCUUUCGUCCCAGCUGCCAUGUUUGAGGAGCACCGAGAUGUCACAACAGGCAUUGCUUGGCGUCACCCACACGACCCCUCCUUCCUGCUCUCUGGCUCUAAGGACAGCACGCUGUGCCAGCACCUGUUCCGUGACGCCAGCCAGCCUGUUGAGCGCGCCAACCCCGAGGGCCUCUGCUAUGGUCUCUUUGGGGACCUGGCCUUUGCUGCCAAGGAGAGCCUAGUGGCCACCGAGUCUGGGCGCAAGCCCUAUGCUGGUGAUCGGCGCCACCCCAUCUUCUUCAAGCGUAAACUGGACCCUUCCGAGCCUUUCGUGGGCCUCGCGUCCAGUGCCCUCAGUGUCUUUGAGAUAGAGCCUGGCAGUGGCAGCAUGAGCUGGUUCGUGGACACCGCCGAACGUUAUGCCCUGGCUGGCCGGCCUCUGGCUGAGCUCUGUGACCACAAUGCGAAAGUGGCUCGGGAGCUUGGCCGCAACCAGGUAGCACAGACCUGGACCAUGCUGAGGAUCAUCUACUGUAGCCCUGGCCUGGCGUCUGCCACCAACCUCAACCACAGCGUGGGCAAGGGCAGCUCUUGCGGCUUGCCACUCAUGAACAGUUUCAACCUGAAGGAUAUGGCGCCAGGGUUGGGCAGUGAGACCAGACUGGACCGUAGCAAGGGUGACACACGGAGCGACACAGUGCUGCUGGACUCCUCAGCCACACUCCUCACCAAUGAGGAUAACGAAGAGACAGAGGGCAGCGACGUGCCUGCGGAUUAUCUGCUGGGUGACGUGGAGGGCGAAGAGGACGAGCUGUACCUGUUGGAGCCAGAACAUGCACAUGCGGAGGAGCCCGAGUACGUGCUGCCGCAGGAGGCCUUCCCGCUACGCCAUGAGAUUGUGGACACUCCGCCGGGGCCCGAGCACCUGCAGGACAAGGCUGACUCGCCCCACGUCAGCGGCAGUGAGGCUGAUGCAGCCUCCAUGGUGCCCGUGGACUCCUCCUUCUCGCUCAUCUCCGUCUCGCACGCGCUCUACGACAGCCGCCUGCCGCCCGACUUCUUCAGCGCCCUGGUGUGUGACAUGCUGCGCUUCUAUGCAGAGCAGGGUGACGUGCAGAUGGCCGUGUCCGUGCUCAUCGUGCUGGGCGAACGAGUGCGCAAGGACAUCGACGAGCAGACCCAGGAGCACUGGUACACGUCCUACAUCGACUUGCUGCAGCGCUUCUGCCUCUGGAACGUGUCCAACCAGGUGGUGAAGCUCAGCACCAGCCGCGCCAUCAGCUGCCUCAACCAGGCGUCCACCACCCUGCAUGUCAACUGCAGCCACUGCAAGCGGCCCAUGAGCAGCCGCGGCUGGGUCUGUGACCGCUGCCACCGCUGCGCCAGUAUGUGCGCCGUGUGCCACCACGUGGUCAAGGGGCUGUUCGUGUGGUGCCAGGGCUGCAGUCACGGCGGCCACCUGCAGCACAUCAUGAAGUGGCUGGAGGGCAGCUCGCACUGCCCGGCGGGCUGCGGCCACCUGUGCGAGUACUCCUGACCGCCGCGGGCGGGAGGCGCUGGGCGUGGGGACCGAAUAAAGGAAGCAGGAGCCGCAGUGUGA